AGCUUCCUUUUAAAUCUUCAAUCUCCAUCCACACACACACGCCAUUAAUGGAUUCCCCAUUCCACCCAUAAACUCCAGCCAUACAAUCACCCCCACCCCACCUUGCCAUUUCCCUUUCUCCGCUUAUGGCGCUUCAAUCGCAGAAAAUGCAGAGAACUCAGAUCACUGAGAUUCAGGUAAGGAUGGACUGUAAUGGGUGUGUCCAGAAAAUCAAGAAGGCCUUGCAUGGGAUUCAUGGUAUCUCUGAUCUCUACAUUGAUUUUCCUGGGCAGAAGAUUACAUUGGUAGGAUGGGCAGACCCUGAGAAAAUAGUGAAGGCAAUUAAGAAAACCAGAAAGAGUGCAGUCAUAUGUUCUCAUACAGAGGCAGAGCCGCCGGAGCCGCCACCUCAGCCGCCGGAGCAAGGCAGUGAGGGUGAAUCUACUAGUCCUCCGGCGGAAGCUCCGCCAGCUGAAGCGGCACAGCCUACAGAGCCGCCGAAGGAGCCACCCAAAGACCCGGGGCCGGAAAAUCAUCAUCCUGCAGAGGAAAAGCCAUGUCCUGAGGCCAAAAUCCAGACAGACCAGCCUGCUAAGCAUAAGGAUGUAGAAGAGGUUCAUGUGGUUUACCACUAUCCACCAGACUAUAACUAUGGCUCAAGCUUUAGCCAUGGCUAUGGUGGACAAUGGGGUUACUAUCACCCGGGUGGUGGUACUGGGUUCAGACCUGACCAGCCUCCACCGCCUCUCGGUUCAAGAUUCAGACAUGAGCCAUUUGCGGCAAACAAUAGUCCAUCUUUCAGAUAUGAGCCGCCUUCGCCUCCACCUCCCGGGGGUUCAAGAUUCCGACAAGAACUGCCUCCACCACCCCACAAUCCAGGAUUCCGACAAGAACCACCUCCACCACCAUACAGUUCGGGGUUCAGACAAGAACCACCGCCACCUCCACCCCCUAGUAGUUCAAGAACCAGACAAGAGCCGCCACCACCUCCACCCCCUAGUAGUUCAAGAUCCCGACAAGAGCCACCACCGCCACCACCAACCUACACUCCCGAACUCAAACAUUCGGGGUUCAGGCAAGAACCGCCUCAACCCCCGAGUGGUUCAAGACUCAGACAAGAACCACCACCACCACCACCAACCUACAAUCCAGAGUUCAAACAUCCGGGGUUCAGGCAAGAACCGCCUCAACCCCCGAGUAGUUCAAGACUCAGACAAGAACCACCACCACCGACCUACAGUCCAGAGUUCAAGCAUUCAGGGUUCAGGCAAGAACCGCCUCAACCCCCGAGUAGUUCAAGGCUCAGACAAGAACCACCACCACCGACCUACAAUCCAGAGUUCAAACAUUCAGGGUUAAGGCAAGAAUCGCCUCAACCCCCGAGUAGUUCAAGACUCAGACAAGAACCACCCCCACCACCGCCACCAUCCUACAGUCAAGAACUCAAAAACGAGCCCCCUCCAUAUCAAAAUGGUUCAGGAUUUAGACAAGAGUUCCCACAACCCAUUUAUGUCUCACAUAGCUACAACACCUACAAGCCAUCGCCUUAUGUCACUGGAUAUGAAUAUGCUAGGUCACCUCCAAGAUACAUGAAUUACAAUAGACCUGAUCCAUACACGGAGGACAUGUACCCUAGACCAAGGCGUUACACAGGUUAUGAUUAUGUCCAAUCAAAUAACUCGCCUCCAAGAUACACAAAUUACGACCAUUACACACAACAGGAUUACCGUAGACCAGAGCAUUACUCCGAGGACUACCACAACGGGAAUCUCUCCUCGAUGUUCAGUGAAGAAAAUCCUAAUGCAUGCACAAUAUCAUAGGAUUGACAACAAGGUCUGUAUAACUGAUUUCAAAUAACUUGUUCAAGUGCCAAAACUCAUCUCGUUGACAAUUACUGAGUGAAUAGUGUGAAAUUGUCAAGAGAAGAGAUUCUUAGCUUCAAAAGGCAGAUGGAAUUUAUUCUUCAGUCCACUUUGCCUUGGCAAUGCAUACUGCCUGGCAUUCAUUUCAUGUACAAGAAAACAAUUAAAGUCACUUUAUUCUUGGAUUAGAUUCCGCAGCUCCAUUUUCUUACAAAUGGCCAUCUUUUGCUAAUAAAGCUAAUAGACAGUGUACAUCUGAGCUUAGAAACAAAAA